AUGGCAAACAAACAAUCCAAAGUUGAUAAAUUGGAAACUCGAGACUCUGUCUCCUCGUUGAGAGAAUUGAAUUUCAAGCUUAUAGCUGAGAUUGCUGAGCUUAGAAAGGAGAAUUUCAAGAUUUCUGAACUUAGAAGAGAGAAAGAUUUGCUUAUGACUAGAAUCGUAGAAUUAGAACGAUCCACAAAAGAAAAUACCAAUCAAUCUUCAGUUUAUGAUAUCUCCACUGAAAUAAGAAAUUCUAACGAUAUCUCUACUGAAACUUUAAAUUCUAACGAUACUCCUAAUGAUUCAUCAUCUGAUAUAACUGAUAAAACUUUAAAUUCUAACGAUACUUAUGAACAGAUAAUCUUAUAUAAUGUGAAGUCUAACACAUUUAAUUUGGAUAUAUACCAGGAAGAAGAAACAAUUAAAAAAGAGAUAAUCGAAAAUAUCAAGAAAUCUCAGAAUCAAGAGUUACUCUCAACUCCUGAGAAUACUAUCCCUAAAAUUUCUAUAUCAUCGAAUAAGAAUGUUUCCAUAUCCGAAGCAGAGAAGUCAUUACUUAAUAAAGAUCUAAAUAUUCAAAAUACAAAGCUUUCUUCUUCUGAAUCUAAAUCAUCUAUUAUCUCUUCAUUCAAUCAGAAACAAAGUGCUAUUUCUUCUGAAAUAAAAAUUCCCUAUAAUCAAAAGGUUGAACAAGGUUUAAUAUGUGAGUUAUCUAUAUUUAUUAACGAGAAAAGUCUUUUGAAUUCCAUACCUGAUAGACAAAUUCUUGAAAACAUGCUAGAUGGAGAUGAUUCAACUUCAGGUUCUGCAUCACAUUUGGAUUGGUCAACGAGCAAACUGGAUGUUAAAAAUGUCUCAAAUACUGAAGUCUCACCUAAUAAUACGACUCAUAUCUUUAAUUCCUCUGAUGUUGAUGAGAUAGGUGAGGUAAGCGUACCCGAUAGUUCUUUAUAUUUUAAUUCGGAUCCUUUUGAUGAUGAAAAUUCUUGUGAUAGGGACACUGACCCACAGAGUGAGGAUGGAGAUUUCUUCGAUAACGACAAAGAGGAAGAUGAUGAUGGGUUCUGUGGAUUUUCUGACGAUGAUGAUGAAGGUUAUUAUUAUGAUUUAAAUACAGGUGAAACUUAUACAAAAUCGGAUCGUUCAAUCUGUGCAUAUUAA